AAAAACCUCUUACUCUGUCCACGGACCAUAUACUACGAUUCGCCGUCAUAAGAACCCGCAAGAAUGAGCAAGGUGCAAGGAACAGUCAAAUGGUUCGAUAGCCGGAAGGGUUAUGGCUUUGUGGCUCCCACUUCAGACAAUUCUCCCACCGCAGAGGAGAUCUUCGUCCACCAGACGAGUAUUCAAUCCGAAGGAGCUUACCGAACGUUGGUUGAAAACUCAGAGAUUGAGUUCGAUGUUGAGAAAGAAGCAGAGUCGGGUAAAUUUAAAGCCAUUAAUGUGACGGCACCCGGUGGCGGUCCUAUCAAGCCUCCACGUCGCACUCGCUCGAAAAAGGUUCCAAAUGAGGAUGGGGUCGGCGAAGACGUCGAAACCCCAGCUCCUGAAGAACCACACUCACGCGGUCGUAAUCGUAAAGGAAGGCGUAAACCAGACGGACCGCCCAAGCAACGCACCCCUUUCUUUCACGAAUCGAUUGCGGAUGAAGCGAAAACUCAGAUCCAAGCCAAAGGGUUUGAAUUAGGCGAUAAGAGUACGGUUGACGUUUCUUUCGGCGACAACCGUAUAAAGCUAGGUCAAGGCGGUUAUGCGGGACUUGCUCACGCCAGUGGCAUGUUGGCCGAAGGUACCUAUACCUGCGAUAACAAGGGACUUGUCUCCUUCAAAUGGGAGCGCGCCCUAAAGUUUGGAGGCGGUACCUGGAAGCACUCUGAUACUGGUGAUUUACUUAUGAAACUUUCUCUAACGGAAGAUGACGUUAGUCCGGUAACGCCCGGUGAAACCCCUGAAAGCCUUUGGGGUGCGGGUAAGACAGAUCCAAAAGAAGCCUUGGAAGCGAACGGCUUUCAAAUGCGCCGUGCUGUCCUGACUCGACCGGUCCGUGGUCGUCGGUCGGCUCCUCCCUCCUCCUCCGCUGCCGAGUGA